GCCCGACCACAACCAGCGAGCUAAAACAAACUGCUUCCGGGUUACCCGAAUUUGCUUCCUCGCGCGGAACACUAGCUUGCCGGUUGUAAGGAAACUAGCUAAAUAUACGCUGUUAUUUUAAAUCUGUGUUUAUUCAUCAUGUCUAAAAGACACCGUUUAGAUUUAGGCGACGACUACUCCAAUAAAAAGAGAUCUGAUGGGAAAGACAGAGAUCGCGACAGGGACCGUGACGAGCGCUCUAAAGACAGGGAGAGGGACAGGGACCGCGACAGAGAUCGGGACCGGGACAGAGAUAGGGACGUGAAGCCCUCUGUCGUGCCCCCCAACACCAUGAUGGCCGUUGGAGGCAUGCUUCCUCUCAAGCAGACAGCCAUGCAGCAGCAGAUCAACCCGUUCACAAACCUGCCCCACACACCACGCUACUAUGAGAUCUUGAAGAAGAGGCUGCAGCUGCCUGUGUGGGAGUACAAGGAGCGCUUCAACGACAUCCUGGCACGCCACCAGAGCUUUGUGCUUGUCGGAGAGACGGGCUCCGGGAAAACCACACAGAUCCCCCAAUGGUGUGUGGACAUGGUGAAGGGCUUGGGUGGCCCGAAGAAGGCGGUGGCCUGUACCCAGCCCAGAAGGGUGGCAGCCAUGAGCGUGGCCCAAAGGGUGGCCGACGAGAUGGAUGUCAUGCUGGGCCAGGAGGUGGGCUACUCCAUACGAUUUGAGGACUGCAGCUCCGCCAAGACCAUACUGAAGUAUAUGACAGACGGUAUGUUGCUUCGGGAAGCCAUGAACGACCCCUUGCUGGAGCGGUAUGGCGUGAUCAUCCUGGACGAGGCCCACGAGAGAACGCUGGCCACGGACAUCCUAAUGGGAGUAUUGAAGGAGGUGGUCCGACAGAGGUCAGACCUCAAGGUGAUUGUGAUGAGUGCCACAUUAGACGCAGGGAAGUUCCAAGUGUACUUUGACAGCUGUCCGCUGCUGACCAUUCCCGGACGCACACACCCUGUGGAGAUCUUCUACACCCCUGAGCCGGAGCGGGACUACCUGGAAGCCGCCAUCCGCACGGUCGUUCAGAUCCACAUGUGUGAGGAAGAGGAGGGGGACUGUCUGCUGUUCCUCACCGGACAAGAGGAAAUUGACGAGGCCUGUAAACGGAUCAAACGGGAGAUCGACGACUUGGGACCUGAAGUCGGAGACAUCAAAGUCAUUCCACUAUAUUCCACACUGCCUCCCCAGCAGCAACAAAGAAUCUUUGAGGCCGCACCCCCCAGGAAGCCCAGCGGUGCGAUAGGAAGAAAGGUUGUGGUUUCGACAAACAUUGCUGAGACAUCCCUUACCAUCGACGGAGUGGUGUUUGUGAUCGAUCCCGGUUUUGCCAAGCAAAAGGUGUACAAUCCUCGUAUCAGGGUGGAGUCUCUCCUGGUAACGGCGAUCAGCAAAGCCUCGGCGCAGCAGAGGGCAGGCCGUGCCGGCAGGACACGGCCAGGGAAGACUUUCCGCCUCUACACUGAGAAAGCCUACAAGACCGAGAUGCAGGACAACACGUAUCCUGAGAUUCUCCGGUCCAACUUGGGUUCUGUCGUGUUGCAGUUGAAGAAGCUGGGUAUCGAUGACCUGGUGCACUUUGACUUCAUGGACCCACCAGCCCCGGAGACCCUGAUGCGGGCGCUGGAGCUGCUCAACUACCUGGCGGCGCUCAACGACGACGGGGACCUGACAGAGCUGGGCUCCAUGAUGGCAGAGUUCCCAUUGGACCCACAGCUGGCCAAGAUGGUGAUCGCCAGCUGCGAGUUCAACUGCUCCAACGAGAUCCUGUCCAUCACCGCCAUGCUGUCAGUCCCGCAGUGUUUCGUCCGCCCCACCGAGGCUAAGAAGGCGGCGGACGAGUCCAAGAUGCGGUUCGCCCACAUCGACGGAGACCACCUGACGCUCCUCAACGUCUACCACGCCUUCAAACAAAACCACGAGUCUACACAGUGGUGCUACGACAACUUUGUGAACUACCGUUCGCUGAUGUCGGCCGACAACGUGCGCUCGCAGCUGUCCCGGAUCAUGGACCGCUUCAACCUGCCCCGGCGCAGCACCGAAUUCACCAGCAGAGACUACUACAUCAACAUCCGCCGAGCGCUAGUCACAGGCUUUUUCAUGCAGGUGGCUCAUUUGGAGCGCACUGGCCAUUAUCUCACAGUCAAGGACAACCAGGUGGUCCAGCUACACCCCUCUACUGUCCUGGACCACAAGCCAGAGUGGGUGCUCUACAAUGAGUUUGUCCUCACAACCAAGAACUACAUUCGCACCUGCUCGGAUAUCAAACCGGAAUGGCUGGUGAAGGUUGCUCCUCAGUACUACGAAAUGGGCAACUUCCCACAGUGUGAAGCCAAGAGGCAGUUGGAGCGAAUCGUUGCCAAACUCCAGACCAAGGAGUAUUCCCAGUACUGAUUAACAGCGACUGGAGAGAGGAAGACAUCCUUGAAAGAGCUUGGCACAAUUCAUACUUUAAAAAGUUGUAUCCUAUCUUCAAUCUUAAUGUUUCUCUCGAUUCAAGAUAUGAUUUUUAUAACUUUUUUGUUUGUUGUUUUUCUGUCCAUUCAAUAGCAACGUGUAUAACUGUAAGCAUUUAUGAAAUUGAUCUCAAUGGUGAAUAUUAGGCUAUUCUGAUUAGAGAUUUUCGAAAAGGAAUUCAAUUAACAUGUUAAGCAUGAGCAUUCAUGUGGAUAUUGUUAUGUUCCUCUAGGAAAUUGUGAACCCUGAGAAAGUGUACUUGCCUAGGUUGUCCUUGUUUCUUCAAUAAAGGAGCUUCGACUUGAAUAAAACCAUGAAUAAUA